AUGGAGGAAAGAUGGGAUAUAAGAGGCAGCUCUCAGUUCCAUAUAAUCAAUGUGUUUUUCUUGCUGUUUUCAUGUCACCCACCAUGGUUUAAUUUUGAUGUCCCACGGGGUCUGACAUGGGAGCAACGUUUACAGACGCCACCUUCAACUCCUCUACCUGUUACUUGUAACCAUGGCAAGAAAGAUGAGCUGCUGCAGGGGUCCAAGCCUCCUUGCAUCACUCACGGAGCUUUGGAACGUGCUCUAAGGGCAGCUGUUCGCUUGCAGGUCCGUGGCCCUGAAGUGCAAUGUGAACGCGGUGGUGUGUGCAGUGUUAGCGUUGGAAGCAGAGUACAGGUUGAGGUGUCUCUCUCCUCCUCCUCUCCAUCCCUAGGAAUCUCCUUGUCACAGUGUUCCCUUUCCCCAUCAUCUGAUCCUUUUAAUAAUUCCCAUCUCCCGCUCCUUGUGGGUGGAUGCCCAGUGGAGGUAGGAGUAACCCUCCAGUUAAACCCAUCCCUACCAUGCUCUAAAGAUGUGCCCGUGAGGAGCUUCAGUUUUCUGCUUGGCCCUUUUUACAACAACUCCAUACAGUUCCUGCACUGCAGAGUAGGUGUUUGCCUGCUUGAAACUUUCUGUCGUGGGAUGAAGCGUGUGGGAUCCUCUGCUCUACCAAAGUGCUCAAUACCUCACAACUCAUGUGCCAGUAUCACCCCAUCCUCAUCUUUUGCAAAAUCACUCUUCCUGCGAACAGUCACGCAGCCCUUAAUAGUGACCAUUCCAUCCCCAUAUUCAGUUUUCUACCCAAACAUAGUUCCUAGGAAAUCCUUUCGCUCUCCUCACCCUACCCCUGCAGAACAAAGAGGACAAGGCAUAGGGAUGGAGGCAGUUGCUGGUGUCACUCUUUGCUCCUUUGUCAUUGGGGUGAUGUUGUCUGCUGGGCUGUGGUAUAUUCAGAGCAAAACAGCACCUGUUUCUUCAGCGACAAAUGGAGGAUCCCAAGGUCUUCAAUCUUCACCAAACUGUGUGUCUACUAAUUAGAAAAAAAACAGAGUAGAGUAUGGAUUGGCUCUACAAGGGCAACUCCCAUAACUAGGAAAUAGGC